CUACUCUAGAUAUCCCAUUGCUGAAGAAAAUUCUUAAAGAAAUAAGCUCUGACAAAUAUUUAUUGCUUCAAAGCAAUGUGAUGAAGAGCUGUUGCCAAUUGAUCAAAUAGAAUACAGGCGUAAUCGAGAAUCUUUAAUUGGACACUUACCGAUUUCAGCUGUAACCCGACAAACCAUCCCAGUUGCACUUCACAAUGCUUCAAAAAACUUGUUUGAAUCAUUGGAAACUGCUACGUUGACAGAGGAUAACCGUCAGUUGGGUUUGAAAGGGAUCUCUGCAAGUGACAACGAGGUUUACCAUGAUGGUGAUGUCUUUCUAAAAGACUAUAAAGAAAUGAAUAGGAGCUUUAAGAUAUAUGUAUAUCCUCACCGCCAAGAUGAUCCCUUUGCAAAUAUACUCUUGCCCACACAAGAAGAGCCUACCGGUAAUUAUGCGAGUGAGCAUUAUUUCAAGAAUGUUCUGAUGAAAAGCCACUUCAUUACAGAGGACCCAAGCGAGGCAGAUCUUUUCUAUAUGCCUUUCUCAAUUGUAAAGAUGCGGCAUGACCCCAGGAUUGACGUACCAGGUAUCCCAUAUUUUGUCAGAGAUUACGUCUUCAACAUCAGUCAAAGGUACCCUUAUUGGAAUCGAACAGGUGGGGCAGAUCAUUUUUAUGUUUGUUGUCAUUCCAUUGGUAAGAAAGCUGCACAACAAGCAGCUUCUGUGAAACUCAAUGCCAUUCAAGUUGUUUGCUCUGCAAACUACUUUGUAUCGCCGUACAUUCCUCAUAAGGAUGCAUCUAUGCCACAAAUUUGGAAUAGACCGCAAGAAGAUCCCCAAAACCUUGUUUCAUCAGAAAGGAAUAAGCUUGCAUUCUUUGCUGGAAGAAACAAUUCUCCAGUACGAGAAAGGGUUCAUCGAAUUUGGGGAAAUGAUACUGAGAUCAGAGCAAAUUCUGUCUGGGUUAGCAAUAUUGCUGAAGAGCAGCUUGGGAGCAAGUUCUGCCUCCAUGUCAAAGGCUAUGAAGUAAAUACAGCCCGUGCUUCUGAUGCUCUACUUUACGGUUGUGUUCCAGUGAUCAUUGCUAAUCACUACCAUCUUCCAUUUGCGGACGUUGUAAAUUGGAAGAGCUUCUCAGUAGUCCUUGAAGACGGAGACAUUCCAUCACUGAAAAAAAUCCUGAAAGGUAUAAACUCUGAACAAUAUUUGAUGUUACGAAGGAAUGUGUUGAAGGUGCGUAAACAUUUCCAGUGGCAUACUCCACCGGUUGAUUAUGAUGCAUUUUACACAACCAUGUAUCAGUUGUGGCUCAGGAGAAGUGCUGUCAGGAUUUCUUCUGUUGUGUGAACUCCAUUCAGAAAUUUAUGUCAAAUGGCAUUUUUAUCAAAUUUUUAGCUUUUGUACUCCUACAGAAGCUUGAAACAUUGUGUUUAAUCCACUAUUAUGCAAUAAAAUUCUCAUAAAGAGAGAGCUCAGAAUCUGGUUCAAA